ACCUCGCCCUCUGGGUCCGUACCUGUUCUCCACUCCACCUGCCAGACGGCUCUGACCGGCUGUAUCACGGAGCCCACCUGCAGGAGGCUCCUGGACCCCGUGCUGGCCAUGUGUGAUAACGAGUGCAACAGAGAGGCCUGCAUGAGCAACUUGGUCACCUUCUACAGGAAUGUUGAGUCCAAGUGGGCCCUUGAAGUUGCCUUCUGCCUAUGCAAGAAGAGCAGCCUGACCGCGAACGAGUGCCUGAUAGCGCAGGAGAAGCUGCACCCAUCCUGUGCCCGCAAGACCGCUGGACCCGUGCCCAUGCGGUGUAACCGCCUGGCAGCUGCCUGCAAGGAAGACAUUGGCUGCAGGCACCGACUGGAGUUCUACGAGCAAGCGUGUGCAGUGGACAGCGACACUCGCAGGUGUGCUGGCUCGACUGCAGAGUGCCGGCGGGCGGUGCUGGGUAUCCUGGGCACUCAACUUCGCAGCUUGUGCACAUGCUCCGCCUCCGACCCCAGGGAAACCUACAUCUGCAUGGAUUGGCAGCGCAUCCUGUGGUUUAACCCAUGCGUUGUCGAGUCCCAGACGGACUACCACCGCGAGAUGCUGGCUGCCCUGGGUCCUGGGGAGGUGGUCACUACCACUGCCAACAUCUUUUACACCCCCAUCGUAACCAUGGGGGUUCCCCUCGAGCCGGUCCAGAACGGACCUGACAAGAGUCCCAUUAUAGGCCGGCCUGGAGUAGUCAUCCACCCUCCCUCCGCCACCACUUCCAGCUCUCAAUUCACGCCUCCCUACACUAACUCCUACCCACGACGACCGCCGCCCACACCACCACCCACGCCACCCACCACCACUACGAUACCUACUACUACAUUGCCGCCAAAGUACUGCGAGAAGCGGCACUCGAACGAUGAGACCAUAGACUACAUCGAGGAGGGGUGGGGCAAGCGCUUCUACAAGGACGAGGAGUGCUCCGAAUUGUGCCUGUGUCACGCUGAAGAGAAGUUAGCAUGCAGCGUGUUGGAGUGUGUAGAGGCGCGUCCUUGUGAAACCAGCUAUGCUGUUUAUACCCACGCUGCCCCGGCUUACCAGGCCUCCCGUGGAGAGUGUUUUUGUUACUCAGGGUCCUUCAUCUGCGUCAGGCCUCCGCAAGACAACUACGAUGUGAACCACGGCGUGUUCUUGUUUAUCGGGUAUAGCAAGGCUGAGGAACUCCUCCUGCGGCCGUACACCAAGAUCUCCCUCGUGGAUGCUGCCAUGGACAAACUAGGUGACCUGGUGCGGGAAUCUUCACUUCAGCUCAAUGGACGCGACCGCCGAGUAAGUAGCCCCGACGUCCGACACAUCAAGUCUGAUUGCCGUCUGGAAAUCGUGACCCAUGUUGGAGAAAACAUAAUUCUUCAGGCAACUCUGGAAGAGUACGAGGACAGCAGGGACAACAUGUCAGCAGUGAUGCUUCACAAUGAAAAGGAGGCGUGUGAGGAUGUGGUGCGUGAUGUGGGACAAAAGAUCAACAACCACGCCAAGGAGGUCCGAGAGGACAUGGCACUGUCAGUGCUCAUUCUAGCAGAGGUUCAGGUGCAUGUACCACCGCUGCCUGCCUCUGCCACCAUGGUUCAGUUCUGCCCACUCCUCCUCCUCUUGCCCCUUGCUGCCCUUGCUUCACAUCAACAUGUACUGCUCGCCUCAUGAUACAUGUGGCUGCCUAUGCCUGCAGUUAAUUAGAGUUGCCUAGGUAGAGUUUUGUUACUGAGUUGCGCAUGCGUGACAUGCAUGCUGAGCCCAGUUGCCCCGGGAGUGGGCGGUACACGUGGUUCACGUGGCCAGUAGCUUCCAUGGAUCCCAUCACCCUUUGUACCAUUUUUGUACUGCACUGUGACGCCUGAAGAGGCUACGCUAUGCGUGGCUGCUCCUGUGUCUCCCGCCACAUCCCCUGGCAGGCCGGUAGCUGGCUGACCACGGGCACAGGGGCUCUUGUCCUGCUGGACACUACCACAAUUUUUUUUUUUUUUGUUAAUAACCUAGUUUAUUUGUAAACUCUGUAUGAUGGUAUUUUUUGGAAGCAUAAUUUUAAUGAAGUGUUUAAGGAGAAAAGUGUUGGUAGAGGGAGCGAUGGAUGCGAGAGGAGUGCUGGUGGCCUGCUCACUGCCUUACUGUACCAUUCCCAGAGCCCCGGAGAGCCUGAGGAACUCCCUUCCUCUGCUGCCCUCAACAGGUUCUUGUCCGUGGUGGGUCGUUGGUGUUGUUAAUGAUUAUUCUCCCCACUUGUCUUACACCGCCAGUCACCACCUUGCAGGGAAACCACACAACUCUUUCUGCUGCAUUCACACCAAGGAACAAUAUCAUGGCUGCCUUAUGGAAAGCUUUGAAGUUAAUUUAGUUGAGGAAAAAGAGAUUUCAGAUUUUCAUUUUGUGCAAUUUUUUACCGAUUCUAAAUUACACGUUCGAGAAAAUCUAGAGCUCAAAGGUUGUGUAUCUUCCUCUGAAGUUGGUCAUUACCGUCCAGUUUUACAGACUGGGAGCUGUUGAGUCUGAACUAAUCCUCUUACUGAUACUUACUUCCCACACUCAAGGAAGAAAGCAGCAUAAUUUAUAAUUUUAUGUCUAUAUAUUAGAUGUAAAUAUGAUUGAAACUUGUCAAGCUACCUACCACAGAUGAGGGAUGAGAGUAGUAACCAAGAUCAUUAUAAAGAGUGUAUUCCUGCCAUUGCAUAACAUGCCCACUAAAGCCACAGGCUUCCAUCCUGUGAUUUCCAAAUUAUACAGACUCUGCUAACCAAGCUCUUGUUCUGUUGGUUAGCUCACCCUCAAAUCAGUUACUGGCAGAGAAGGUAUGCUGAGGCAAGGCAGUGUGCAUCACUUGUCCAUUUCAUUAAGACUUGUAAUUUGGUCAAUAACUGCUCAUGUGACUGCACAAAGAGCCUUAACUAUACUAGGAGGACCUCGGUAAACCUAACAGACUUCCUGCCUUGACAGUAGUAUAACAUACCAUAAAGGAGGUUAGGUGAUGGCAGGGAUGAAUUUAUGCCAUUGAUGGUUUACAGUGUAAACCCCAAUGAUUAAAGACCAACAGCUCUGCCACUCUGAUGCCUUAUUGUGCAUCAUAUCAGGUUUUGUGUUAGCUCUUGUUUGCAUAGUUGGAAAUGAGAGCAUUGUGAAUGGAUUUUGAAGUUGUUGCUUAUGUAUUCAUUGAUGUAAUACAGUAUGUUAAUGAUUUAGUAUGCUAACUUUUUCUCAUAACCCACACCCACUGAAGAUAACCUCUUACACACAGCAUUAUAUGACAAAGAGUAUUGGGAAGAGGGGACACCACAAGUGUAGCUCCCAUCCUGUAGCUACACACACAAAAAUAGACAGCACUCGGUCAUAGUCCUAAGGGCCCGGGGUCAAUUCCCAGUUGAGGCAUAAACAAAUGGGCAGUUUCUUUCACCUGAAUCACCCAUUCACCUAGCAGUAAAUAGGUACCUAGGAAUUAGACAGCUGCUACAGGCUGCAUCCUGGAGAUGUCUGUGUCUGUGUGAGAAGUAUAUAUAUAGUAGAUAUGAUAAAGGAAAAUAGGUCAGGAAUCAGUACAUUAGACUACUAACUGUUAGUAAGGCAGGGUCCAAGAGCUAAUGGCUCAAUCCUGCAGGCACAAAUAGUAAACAUGUGCACACACAUAUAUUCCAUAGUCAUAUCAGGAGGAAAAUGACUGUGAAUGAGCAGGUUAU